UUGUUCCUGUGUGACCUUGUGCAAGCUGACGGGUGGAUCCUAGAAGCAGUGCUUUAGUUGCAGUCCUUGAGCAAAUUGACAGAUAACUCAGUCAGUUGCUCAUCAAGAUCCACUUCUACUUCCUUCCAUUUGCUGUACUGCUGAUACAAGCUAGUGGAAAGGCCAAGUGAUGAAGACUUUAUUAUUACUAUCACUGGUGUGUAUAGCACUGGUCAGUGCACAAGUAGGACCUCAAGGUCCACAAGGUCAGAAAGGAGAAGCCGGUAUCGCAGGAUCACCAGGAGCUCCCGGCACAUGUAGUGGAUCGUGCAGUGGUGGUGGAGAUUCAAAAGCUGGAGGUGGUGGUGGAGUAGGAGUUCAGGGCCCACAAGGACCACCUGGACCACCUGGACCAUCAGGAAACAGUGGACCACCUGGCUCAAGAGGAAACGAGGGACAAAUUGGAGUAUCUGGCCCAAGAGGAGCCCAGGGACCAGCUGGACCACGUGGAGCUAUUGGAUUGCCUGGAAGCAACGGAGCUGAUGGAGAUGACGGUGAUUCCGGCAAGCCUGGAGAGCCUGGACCCCCCGGACCCUCUGGACCCCAAGGAUUCCAAGGACAAGUCGGGUCACAAGGACUUAAAGGACCAGCUGGAGAGCCAGGACCUGCUGGUAACAAUGGCCGAGCAGGCUCAACUGGAGAGAAAGGACCCGGUGGAGAUCCUGGUGGCCCCGGAGCUUCUGGUCUACCUGGACCCCCUGGUAGUAGAGGAGAGAGAGGUCUACAAGGCGAACCUGGUAAUGAUGGAAGAGCUGGAGUCGAUGGAUUGAGAGGAUCUGCUGGCUCCUCUGGUCCACAAGGAAAGGAUGGAGUGCCUGGACUACCUGGAAGAACUGGGUCUAAGGGAGAGUCUGGACAGAACGGAGCAAACGGUGCAGCUGGUGCCCGUGGAGAGCAAGGAGACCUGGGAGACAGAGGAGCUACUGGAGCCACUGGAGCUCAAGGGCAAAAAGGAUCAAAUGGAGAGGUUGGAUCAUCUGGACCACCCGGACCUUCCGGAAGCACAGGGCCAAGUGGUAUCCCUGGAAUAACUGGACAAGCUGGAGCUCAGGGACCCCCUGGAGUGAAUGGCCCUAAGGGAGACUCAGGAGUGCAAGGAACACCAGGUCCUUCUGGUCGUCAAGGCGAUUCUGGUCCGACUGGAAUUCAAGGAGCCCCUGGCCCCGCAGGCAAUGACGGUAGAACUGGCAAGAGAGGUCGAACCGGAGACAAGGGAGUGACUGGAGAUCGUGGUGCCCAGGGAUCUAGGGGUCUCCCCGGCGAGAGAGGAUCAAACGGAAUCCCUGGCCAGCGCGGAUCAACUGGAGAACAGGGAGGUCCUGGAGAAGCGGGAGCACGUGGACCAGGAGGAACCAGAGGUCCUUCUGGACCUCAAGGAUCUCCCGGCCCUAGCGGACAAAGGGGACAGGCUGGAUCUGAUGGAUUACCUGGCGCAGGUGGACAGGAUGGACAAGACGGAACACCAGGACGUGACGGCAUCCCCGGACAACCCGGGCUGUCUGGCGAGAGAGGACCUAUUGGUCUACAAGGUGCAACCGGGAGUCCAGGAGAGGCUGGUCCUCAAGGAGAUAUUGGUGCAUCUGGAGGCCCUGGUGCCCCGGGACCCGCUGGACCUGUUGGAGGGAUUGGAAUCACUGGUGAACCUGGAACACGUGGAGAUGGAGGAGGCCCUGGUCCUAGAGGAGAUCAAGGACCACAGGGUGGCAAUGGAGUCGACGGACGACCAGGAGCAUCUGGUGCAUCUGGACCACCCGGACCAUCAGGACCACUUGGACCACCCGGAUCUCGUGGAGCUCAGGGAGCCACUGGACCCCCUGGUAAUACUGGUGGAACAGGAGAUACUGGACCAACAGGACCUCAGGGACCAACUGGACCACGUGGUGGGGAUGGAGACGAUGGAACCAAUGGUCAGCCUGGAGCUGAUGGAGUUAACGGAAACGAGGGACCACCUGGUAUCCCUGGACCUCUCGGACCCAACGGACCUGCUGGUCGUCCCGGUAAUGACGGACUCGUUGGAGGACCAGGUAGCCAAGGACCCCGUGGUGGUCCUGGAUCUCCUGGAGAACCUGGCGGCCCUGGACCGUCUGGACCUCCCGGACCAACUGGACAAGAUGGAGGUGCUGGACCCGGUGGUAAUGAUGGCAAAGAUGGCAACCCUGGAAUUUCUGGCCAACAGGGUCCCCCUGGCCCACUCGGCCCACCUGGCUCUGCUGGUUUAACGGGCCCACAAGGACCUCAGGGAUCCACUGGCCCUGGUGGAGCUAGAGGAGCAAUUGGAUUACCUGGUGUGCAGGGAACCCCUGGUGGAGACGGACAGGAUGGAAGUAUUGGUAAUCCAGGACCUGGUGGAGCACAAGGACAGAAGGGAGAAGUAGGAGAAGCUGGUGCAACAGGAGGACAGGGUGCACGGGGUUUCAGUGGACAAUCAGGAGGUCAAGGACCCCCUGGACCACAAGGACCUGCUGGUAUCCAAGGAGAACGUGGUGAGGGAGGACCUGCGGGUCCUGAGGGACCAGUUGGACAAGGAGGUGAUUCAGGAACCCCUGGACAACGAGGACCUUCAGGAGCUCCUGGUAUUGCUGGAGGCCCAGGUGGCCGUGGAGACAAGGGAGAUAGUGGAGACAGAGGACUUGGCGGACCUGUUGGACCACCCGGAAAUGACGGAAUCCCCGGCGCUCAAGGUGCCCGUGGUAAUGAUGGUGGCCCAGGACCUGCUGGAGCAACUGGUCCACAGGGAGAGCAAGGAGCACGCGGAGACACCGGAGCCCCUGGACCUUCAGGCCCAGGUGGUCCAACUGGUAACCCCGGUCUUUCUGGUUCUGACGGACAAAAUGGCGGUCCUGGUGUCUCCGGACAAGAUGGUACUCCUGGUGCUCGUGGAAACGACGGAGGUGCUGGCCCAUCUGGCCCAUCUGGCCCCGCUGGCCCACCUGGUAGUCCCGGUCUGAAUGGUCCAACUGGAAGUCCAGGCCCCUCUGGUCCAACUGGAUCCAAGGGAGAUAGUGGAUCAACUGGAAGUCCCGGACCGUCUGGUGCCCGUGGAGAGAGAGGACCUGGUGGAGAGACUGGAUCUAUUGGAGGUCGUGGACAGAAGGGAGAGAAUGGAGACAAGGGAUUCACUGGCCGUGCCGGACCCCCUGGUGUUGCCGGAGGGAGGGGAGAAUCUGGAGAUCGCGGACCCACAGGAGUCUCCGGUCCACCUGGAUCAGCAGGUCGCAACGGAGCUCAGGGCUCCAGUGGUGAUUCUGGUCUUCCUGGAGCUAACGGACCUCCCGGACCUGCUGGACAGCCCGGUAGCGAUGGAAACGAUGGAGAUAAGGGACACACCGGACCUCGUGGAUUGCAGGGACCCCCUGGACCUCCCGGAUAUUGCCAAGGCUGCCAAGUCACCAGCUCUCACCAAAAGUACACCGGAAUAUUCGCCAACUCCAAGGUUGCCUACGGAUCUUUGGAGAAUCCAGCUGUUUCCUGCUGGGACCUUUCUCUCGAGUCUGGAAAGGACGACAAGUUUGAGAUCGUCUCCGGAAAAUCUUACUACAUUGAUUCCAAUGGCGGAAGGAUCGAUGACGCUAUUGAAGUCACUUGUAAUCUUAUUGACAGCACCUGGUUCACAUGCAUCAAACCAGCUAAAAUCCAAAUUGAUUGCAAUUCAAAACUCGAAACAUCGUGCAAAGACAGUAUGUUCACUUACGGACACGAUGGCAAAGCCAGUUAUCAAAUCAACAGCCUGGCCCAUAGCAGCAGGCAGGCCACACAGACAGUUCAGUACGACUGUAACAAGGGUCAGACUAGUGUCCUUGGAUGGAACGGUGUCAAUAUCCCAGUAACAGAGACAACAUCUCCAUUCAUGCGAGUGGAAGUAGACAACUGCAAGAGCACCAUCUCUACCAUGAUCCCCACAUCUCUACCGGUCGCAGGCCUAGAAAGCAAGUCCUCGUUUGUCAAACUCAGCGAGGUCUGCUUUGCCUAAAAACCUCUUCAACAUCUUAGCUCAGAGAAUUAACAAACUAGUAAUAUUACUCUUGACCAUCUGACACUAGUUCUCUAUUUUGGUUUAGUGCUGAUGUCUGUUCUUUGUAUUUGCAUGCACUACUUGUUUGUUGUGUCCGGCAUUCAUUUUCUUGUGUAGGGGAUAUUAUUUACGAUUAUGUAUUGUUUUUAGGUGCAGACUGCAUCGUAUUCUGUGUAAAAAAAAAUAUUGUUUGUUUGAAUAA